UAGUGUUAUCCGUGUAUGAUUGAAUAUAGUAUGGUGUUAUCGUAGUUUUCGUGGCUGUUGAAGUCCCGGUGCAGGUGGACGGCGCUUUUAAGUUUAGGACGUUUAGGUACUUAAUAGUAAAUAGAAUAAUUUUUUCUAUAUUAAAUAUGGUUUGGACGCGUUUUAGACUCUAGACAAUAGACGUAGACCGUAGUGUAUGACUCCAACUAGUUGAACUCGUUGCUUUAUUAGUUGGUUGUCCGUAACGAAUACUUCAGUAUUAAUUGUAUUUUUUUCAAUGUUUGGAACUAAAUCAUCUCUUUUAGCCGAACUUACAACCCCCUUUUCUAAACUACUCAGCCACUCUAACUAAAUUAUAAUGGCUAUGCUUCCACCUCGGAAAACGAAGACCGUCUCAACUGAAAAAAGUUGUAAACAUUCAAUGACGCCCCUUCAAACCCUUUUACAAAUGGGAUUCCCCCAAAAUCGAACAGAAAAAGCACUAGCGGCCACUGGUAAUCGAGGAGUUCAAUUAGCUGCUGAUUGGCUCUUGGCUCAUGUCAAUGAUACUUCUUUAGAUUCUAGCACUAGUAGAGAGUAUAUCAUGUAUGCCUGUCCAAGUGGAUCAUUAAUGUAUGAACUAAGAGAAUUUUGGAAUAAAUCAGCUAAUAAAUGUGGACGUAAUGGAGCUCAUAAUUUUUUGCCACAUAUUACUCUAGUAUCAUUUUUUCAGGUACCCGAUGAAUAUGCUAAUACAUUGGUAUCUAUACUAAAAAAUGUUUUAGAUGAGGUCAUUAAAGAAAUGACUGUCAAUGAUUUUCAUUUAGAAACUUACACUUCAUCAAAUUUUAUGGGUUUUUUUUUAUCUGAUCAAGGAUCAAACUUCUUAAAGAAAAUUGCAGUGCUAUAUGCAGAACGAGUCUCAGAUCUUGUUGGAGUUCAAGUAGAUCCUCAUUUAAAAUCUUUACAUUUAACUUUGGCCUAUCAAUUUGAUGUAAGUCAAAAAGAAACUUUAAAAUCAUUAAUUAAAUCCACAAUAAAUCCAUCAACCCCAUGCUUAUGGGAACUUAAGUUGUAUUCUAGGGAACCAAUAGCUGCUAACAAACAGGUUUAUAAAGUUGUGUAUGCUCAUGUCCCACAAGCUGCUGAUGAACUAGAACUAAGAAUAGGUGAUUAUAUUUAUGUGUCUAAAGAAAGCAUAGAUAACUCAAUUGACGGUUGGGCUGAAGGAAUGUCAUGGCUAACUGGAUGUAAUGGUUACUUUCCACUAUGCUACACAGAACGUACUGCUGAAUCUGAUACAUGGACUCUACAUUGUUCAUUACCCUUGGAUGGUAGUUAUCAUGAAUCAAUUGAAGUUAAUGAUACAAAUAUGACUGAAGAAAAACUUAUUGAAAAAUAUGGUGUUAGUUUUGUUCCAGCUGAUUACACGCCACAUUCAGAAUCUCCAAAAGGUCCUAAAUCACAAAAAAUAUAUAUAUGUCGUCAUGGUGAAAGAGUAGAUUUUACUUUUGGAACAUGGGUACCUUAUAGUUUUGAUUCCGAUGGAAAAUAUAUCAGAAAAGAUUUAAACAUGCCCCCAAAUAUACCUCAACGGCGUGAUUUUCCAAAUUCUUACCAAACCGAUACUCCUCUUACUUGUGUUGGUGAAUAUCAAGCAAAAUUAACUGGAUGGGGUAUGAAAGCUGCUCACUCUACCAAAUUAAUUCAACACGUUUUUUGUUCACCUUCAUUACGCUGUAUUCAAACUUGCCAUAAUAUCUUAGUUGGACUUGAUAUUGAUAAACAAGUUCCAAUUUGUAUUGAACCAGGAAUAUUUGAAUGGCUUGGUUGGUAUAAUCAGUCUGGACUACCUGAUUGGAUGAGUAUUGAAGAGUUAAUAACUGCUGGUUUUAAUAUUAAUUCCAAAUAUGAAGCUUUGGUAUCACUACCAUUUCUACUUGAAAAUAUGACAGAAACAGUUGAACAGUACUAUAUUAGAUGUGAUGAAGUAAUACAGAAUUUAAUCAAAUCAACUGAACCUAAAGGUGGUGAUAUACUACUGGUAGGCCAUGCUUGUUCGUUGGACUCUUUAUCCAGAUCGUUACUUCAUAAAUCUCCACGUACUAAACAAAAUUUUGUAAAAAUGGUUAAAGACAUCCCUUAUUGCGGCCUAGUAACUUUAAUGACAGAUGGAAUCAAUGAUUGGGCAUUUGUGGAUCCACCAGUUCCACCAUUAACUAACUCUAUUAAUAAAAGAUUUAAUUGGAAAGUUUUAACCACAGACAUUGAUGUCUCUCCAAAUUAAUAGUAUUUUUAAUUCAGCACUAAUAUGACUAAAACAACAUUUAAUAAAACAAAAUAAAUUAAUUUAAAAUUGUAGAUUUUAAAAUCUGCACUUAUUUUAAUACAAAUAUAUUUAUUUUUAAUUGUAUAGAUAGUUAAUAAGGCUGGGUAUUAAAAAGUUAUUAAUUAAUUCUUAACUAAGUUACAUAACGAAUUACUUUUUUUUUAUUAAAGGCAACAUCUAACUUAAUAAAUUAAAAUUUUUCAAUAAAAAUCAAUUAAUCUUAAUUCAUUUUAUCAUUUUAGUCAGUAUUGAAUGUAUUAUUUCAGGAUUUCAAUAAUGAUCAAAAUGAAAUGUUUAAAUAUAACUUUCUUAUUCAGGGCCUUAUUUACGCCUAAGCCCAUGAGCCCAAGGCUUAGCGCGACAAAUUUUGUAGGAAAUGGAAAAAAAAUCAUAUAAAUAUUUACUGUAUUUUUUUUCUUGGGGUAGGGGCAGCAUAUUUAAAAGCGCCUAGGAUGGCACCUUUUCUAAACCCGGCACUGCUUCUGUUAUUUAUUUUUUGACUUCUCAUAUAUAUAUAUACAUAUAUAUUUUUUUUUUUUUGUUUAAAUUAGAAGUUCAGUGAAGAUUAUUUUUUUUUUAAUAUUUAUAAUCUAUGCCAUAGCAUGAUAAUUAAAUUUUAUAAAAUAAGUUACAUUUUUUUUUCUAUUUAUCACAUUUUUACGUGUUUAAAAAAAUUAACUCAACUUUAAACUUAACUUAACUUUAGGAAAUAAAGUAUUAAGUUACUUAUCCAGCCUUUGUUGUUAAUGUUAUAGAUGUUUGAUAAACUUUACUUGGUAUCAUAAAUUUGAUAAUAUUCCUUGAUUUUCUAUGUAAAAUAGGUUAAAAGAUAGGCAACAAAUUUAGUAUAUAAUUUCUAAGUGAUCACUACUCAUGUGCUUCAGUAUGAAAAGUACAUUAAAUUAUACUUACCACACAAAUACAGAAUGAAAUAUUUUAAUUUUCAAUUUUUAUUUUUGUCAUCGAAAAAUAUUUAUAAAACAAUUAAAAUAUUUUUUUUUUAACUUAUGAUUCUCAAGAAAGACUUAUCUUUUUGUUAUUAUUUAUUGUCUAUGAUAUUCUUAGUAAUCAAUUUCACAUUAUUUUUUGUUAACUCUUCUCAAUGGAUAGUACUUUAAAAUACUUUAAAAAUUGAAUUUUAAACUGGUUGUAUAGUAACUUGCAUUUUAACUAGAUUAAGGAUUUAGUUAAAAAGUAUGUAUAGGAUAAUAACACUCGUUAUUUUAAAGUCUUAAUAUUUUUUAUCAUAAUAUUUUUUUUUAAGUUUUUCCUUUAUUGAAUAAUAACAUACCUACCUUUUUAAAGUCAUAUUUGGAAGUAGAAUAUUUUUCUGAGUUUUCGGUACAUAAAAUUCUAAGUUUAGACAAGCAGUUUAUGUGAUAUCUACUAAGUUUUAGUUUGUGGAGCACAGUGGUAAGGGUAUAUCUCUCAAAAAAAUAGUCAACUACUCCGUCCAUCUAUACUUUAAAUACUUGUAACUUAUAAUACCUACUCUUCUAAAUUUAGAUUUUUGUACACUUCAUAUUUUUAUCUGUCUCUACCUGGAACCUAUUUACAAAUGUAAAAUAUUGAAAAUUAUUCAAUAUAAAUGUGUUAAAACAUUAACUCAUAAUAUGUUGUCUCUAAACCAAAAUAAUAAUUUGAAUAAUAAUAUGUAAUUAUUUUAUAAAAAUUUUGUAUUACAGUGUAUUAAAUUAGGGUAAUUUGGAAUUAUAAAUUAAUUUAAUUAUUGCAAGAAUUUUUGUAUGUACUUGACCACUAAAAUAUGUACUAAAUAAUAUGUUCCUAGGUCAAAGUUAUAAUAUAUUCUAUUUUUUCCCCUAGACCUUAUUUUUAUUUUAUUAUUAUUAUUAUUGUAUACAUAGUAAUUUAUGUUUUAGUAUUAAUAUUAUAUGAAUGUUAGCAUUUUGUUUUUCAACACAUGCACCCAACUUUGAUAUUAUUAUUAUGUUCAAUAGAUUAUGAAUUAUCCUCACUAAAUUGGAACCAAGAGGAAGCAAAUUAGUGUGGAAAAUCUAGUAAUAAUUAAAUAUGUAUUAUUAAUAUUGAAAUUAAAUGUUUUAUUUGUAGAAAUAUAA